AUGCAAGUCCCAUGCAAUAACACUGACAGUCACCAUGGGAUGCAAGUCCCAUGCAAUAACACUGGCAAUCACCAUGGGAUGCAAGUCCCAUGCAAUAACACUGGCAAUCACCAUGGGAUGCAAGUCCCAUGCAAUAACACUGACAGUCACCAUGGGAUGCAAGUCCCAUGCAAUAACACUGGCAAUCACCAUGGGAUGCAAGUCCCAUGCAAUAACACUGACAGUCACCAUGGGAUGCAAGUCCCAUGCAAUAACACUGGCAAUCACCAUGGGAUGCAAGUCCCAUGCAAUAACACUGACAGUCACCAUGGGAUGCAAGUCCCAUGCAAUAACACUGACAGUCACCAUGGGAUGCAAGUCCCAUGCCUCCUUAUAACACUAUCAUCUGGAAAGACGGUAAGGUGCCAACAAACAAGGUGUUGCUAUGAAACCUAUGUGUGCAAAGGUUAA